AUGCUUUCACGUACAUCAAUCUGUUUCUCUCUGAUUCUGCAGUUCACUCUUUCAGCAACAUGUUCUUCUUGUCAAUAUCUGCUUUUAGUUCAUCAUGUGCAACAAGUGCCGUUCUGA